AUGACAACAUCAAAAGACCCCAACGUUAUUGGGGCUCACUAUAAAGUCGAUGGUGAAGUUCACACCAGAGUUCCUCGAUUAAGACGCAAUCAUCGUGGUGUUCAUCGAGAAAUUGCUGAUCGUUUACAAGACCGAGCAAAUAGAACUAAUGUUCAUGCAGUUGAUCACGAUUUUAGUCAAUUGUCAAUCAAUGAGGGUGUUGGGAAUGUCAAUGGUGCAGCUUCAUUAUCCAAUUUUUAUCCUUCAUUGAUGACUAGUAAUGGUACAAGUAGCAACAACAGUAGUUUUCAUGCAAGGAAUGCAACUGCUCAUGAACUGUUUCACCAUUCAUUGUGUCAAGUGAACAGUUUUAAUGAGUAUGGAGUUACAGGGCGGGAUUUUUCGUCAAUGACUUAUCAACAACUGACAAUUAGAGAUUCAGUUAGUGAUAAUGGGAGGCAAACACCAAGAGGAACACCACCAGUAGCGCAAGUGCAAGCACAAGCACAAGCACAAGCAAAAACAUUAGCAUUAGCCCCGUUGCCAACUCAAGGAGGAUCUAUUGGUCAGUUUGGCGUUUCACCGGCAUAUUUGCAACAAAUGAUUCAACAAAUAUGCUCAGCUUUAGAUAUGUCGUUUUCAGAUGCAAAUAUGAGCAAAAUUAUUGACAAGAUAAGCAAUUUGAAGACCAGUCAAUCAGUUUCGUUCCAAACUCAAACUUGGCAGAAUGAGCGCAACAAUUUACAAAAAAAAAUUGCAUCUUUACAAGAAUCAAUUUCGGACAAGAAUAACGUGAUUAAAGCUCUCAAUUUAGAUGUACAGGACUUAAAACAAGUUGAACUGCAACAAGUUGGCAAAAUUGAACUAUUGGAAGCACAAUUGAAGGAAUCUUCAUUGAAUGCAGCCAAGACGAUUCUGGAAUUAUUGGAAUGCAAAUCAGCGUUUGAAUCAUUUGAACUGGAACUGAAUGGUAAAUUUGAAAAACAAGAGGAUAAAAUUGUGCAAUUGGAAACUAGUGUUGAUACAUUGCAAAAGGAGAAUCACGAAUUGAGUGAAAAUUUGGACAAUUGUAAAUUGCAAGUGUUGAACUUGACCAAUGAGAAUCAAACAUUAUCGACCAAUUUACAAUCACUUGAUCAAUCACAUAGUGAUGAAAAGAGUCAAUUGGAGAAGAAAUUGCGUCACUUGAAGAAACAAGUUGUUGAAAAAGAUUCCAAAUUGGAAUCACUCGUGAAUCAAAUUGCCACUACAAAGACUAAAUGUAAUCGUAAAAUCACCACAUUGGAAAAUGAACAUGGUACACUUGUCGAUUCAUUGAGUGUUGAGAUUCAAAUCUUGCGCAGAAUCAUAAACAAGUAUUUUGAAGCUGGAAAGGGAGAAGAAGACGGAGGAAAUGGAAAUUAUCCAGCUGGUUUGAAAUCGCUUAAUGGGUUACCACCACCAACAAGAUCAAAAUCACUAUCCAUUCCCAAAAAUGACAACAACAACAAAAAUAGUGACAACGAUGCCCGCGACAACAAUAACAAUGUCUUGCCACCACCAUCCACCAAAGACCUCGACCCAAUCAACUCAGCAUCCACAGCCCCACACGCUCCCACUGCAUUGCCAUCCCCAUCAUCCACCACCACGCUCUACUUGCACCAACUCUACGAAACCAGAUACUUGCAAGCCCUCAAACACCAAAAAGACCUAUCGGACUCAAACACAAUCUACAAUUCAACCGUGGCCAAUUUACUCAGUAUCCAUCUCCACUACUUGACCAAAUUCCUAACAUUCGGUGGCAGUAGAGGCGCUAGCGGCUCUAUUGGCUCUAUUGGCUCUAUUGGCCCUAUUGGCUCUGGCUCUGGCUCUGGCUCUGGCUCUGGCCCUGGCGGUUCCGAACCACGUUUGGCAUAUUUCAAAUUGUUGAUUAAGGAGUACCAAACCCGCAAAUUGCUAAAUGGUGGUGAUUUGAGCUUGAUGCGUAAAAUUGUUGAAGUCAAUGGCGGGUUGAUGGCGGAGGCUUAUAAGCGGGUAAGUGAGUUGGAUAAAUAUGUAUUGUAA